ACUUUGCUUUAACUUGAGCUCAGUUCUUCUUCUUCUUCUUCUUGAAGAUGUGUGCCCAGAUCCGCAAGGUCAUUUCAAGGUUGGGAUCUUCAACAAGCUCAUCGUCGUCCGGUGGAAGAGCGAAGAAGGCGGUGGAUCCCGGCGACUGGAGUUUCAUGGGAGAGCUGCCGGCGACACCAGAGCCAGUGAAGGAGGAGGGAAGGUUUGUGCACGUCUAUGUCAAGGACGCCAACCAUAACACCAUAACCUUCGGCAUUAAGGUCUCACCCAGCGAUCCCAGAUUCGAAAUCCGCAAGCUCAAUUUUGUCCUCAAAGUCGGCAACAGGAUGAUUGAGCCAAAUAAAAAGAAGCCAAACGAGAAGGAGAAUGUUGUGUUAACAGAGAAGGUUGUAUCAAAGAAGGAGACCGUGUCACUUGGCAAGCCAAUAGAGACAACAGUGACUGUGCCAUAUGACACAAUAUGGAGGAACUUGUUGGAUCGAGCAAGCGAGGGCUUGGAGAUCGACUAUCAGGUGGAUUUGGAUCUUGGCAUCAUAGUUUUGUGGGAGUUUGUGGACAUUGUUAUUCCGAUCUCUGCCAAGGGCAAGAUCAUGAUCCCAAACUUGUGUCAAAUUGGCAAAUCAACCGUAAUCAAUUGUGUCAACAAGAGGAAAUGAAAAUGAUUUCUUAAUUAGCUACCUAUCGUAUAUGUCAUGAAUUUGGCUCUCUAUGUUAUGAUGUUUUACCAUGAAUUGUGUGUUAUAUAAUGGAGGGCUAUGCUUGGUUGUAAGGUUAAGGUUGUUCUAAUUUUGCUAUAAGAAUGUUAUAAGCGAAUUUAAACUAUCACUAUAGGGAUAA